CCGGACGCAGGUACCGGCCAGAGCGGACCUAGCGGCGCUGACCGGCCGGGCCGGGACCAGGGCCCGGGCGAGCGGAGGGGCCUGCGCGGCCGCCCGGCCCGGCCGCGGAUCAGGCUCCUGGGACCAUGGGCCUUGGGCCCUGAGGACACGGGGCUCCCUGUGGCCAUGACGACGGGUGACUGUUGUCACCUUCCCGGCUCGCUGUGUGACUGCUCUGACAGCCCUGCCUUCUCCAAGGUCGUGGAGGCCACGGGCCUCGGGCCACCCCAGUAUGUGGCCCAGGUGACUUCAAGGGAUGGCCGGCUCCUCUCGACCGUCAUCCGGGCCUUGGACACACCAAGUGAUGGCCCCUUCUGCCGGAUCUGCCAUGAGGGGGCAAAUGGGGAGAGCCUGCUGUCUCCGUGUGGGUGCACUGGCACGCUGGGCGCGGUGCACAAGAGCUGUCUGGAGAGGUGGCUUUCCUCGUCCAACACCAGCUACUGCGAGCUGUGCCAUACGGAGUUUGCAGUGGAGAAGCGGUCCCGAUCUCUCACAGAGUGGCUGAAGGACCCGGGGCCUCGGACAGAGAAGCGGACGCUGUGCUGUGACGUGGUGUGCUUCCUGUUCAUCACUCCACUGGCCGCUAUCUCAGGCUGGCUGUGCCUGCGGGGAGCCCAGGACCACCUUCGGCUCCACAGCCAUCUGGAGGCCUUGGGGCUGAUCGCCCUCACCAUCGCCCUCUUCACCAUCUAUGUCCUCUGGACACUGGUCUCAUUCCGCUACCAUUGCCAGCUAUACUCCGAGUGGAGAAGGACCAACCAGAAAGUGCGCCUGAAGAUGCAGGCUGAUGGCUCCGAGGGCAGCCAGCACUGCCCGCUGGCGGCCGGCCUCCUGAAGAAGGUGGCUGAGGAGACACCUGUGUGAAGGCCAGGCCAGCCUUGCUGGCUGGGCCAGAGGCAGCUGGCAAUGCCCUGGUGUUCAGAAGGACAGAAACUGCCUGACCCUUCCCGCACGGCCGGAAUGCUUCUCAGUCCAAGAGGCACUGAGCGGAGGAGCCGAUUCUGUGAUUCCUGAGUAAAGCUGUUUUCAGAUUGAUUUUGCACACUCUCGUACACAAGGAUGAUGAACGGACAGACGUGGUCCCCAAGCUUCAGAUGGAGCGGGCACCCUGAUCUCAUUCCGAAGUCUCCCUGGCCCCUCCUGGGCCACCAGUUGCGACCAGAGGCAAGUCUUGGAUGCCCAUCAGGCCGGGAGGCUCUGCAGGCUUCUUGCACUUUCCUGUACCUGGCAGGCUCGCUUUCCAGGCACCCUUGACUUUAUAACGUUGCACCGCAUUUCAGAACACCCCCCCAGCCAAAUGAAUAAAAGGAGCCCCUUAUUGGACAAAACGGACUUGUCACAUUUCUGAGGCCUCAAAGAGAGGGGCCUGGGACCGAGAUGGGUCAGGGACUACCCAGAGGUAACAGUGGCAACAGCAGAUGCUCCCGACUGAUUUGAGACAUCCAUUGUGAAAUGCAGGGCUAGAAGCAGUGUCUGAGUUUUCCAGGGACAAGCAGGUGGGAGGGCUACGUAUUAAAUGAUUUAAAAUAAAUAUACAUGAGAAGAAUA